CUGAAGUUUUUUUUUCAUAUUUAUUUCGGUGCUUGUAGAUUUUACGAAGUGGCAAGUAAACGAUACCACACUUUGGUUUCAGAGAGAAGGUACAGGUACAACAAAGGAAGGAAAUUGCAUAAAGGCAACGAACACAUUGAACGGCGGCGCCGCCAUGGAUUCCGAGUUCCCCGACAAAGCGUUAACGAGCGUGCGUUUUUCCGACCUGAAUCCGCCACUCUCUGAACCGGUUCUCCAAGCCCUAUCACACUCCGGCUUCGACUUCUGCACCCCCGUCCAAGCCGCCACCAUUCCCUUGCUCUGCAGUUUCAAGGACGUCGCCGUCGACGCCGCCACCGGUUCCGGCAAAACCCUAGCUUUUGUCGUUCCUCUCGUCGAGAUUCUACGUCGCUCCUCUUCUCAUCCCAAGCCUCACAAGGUGCUAGGAAUAAUUAUAUCCCCUACAAGGGAGCUAUCAACUCAAAUAUAUCAUGUUGCACAGUCCUUCAUUUCAACAUUGAUGAAUGUUAAGUCCAUGCUCCUCGUUGGUGGAGCAGAAGUAAAAACAGACAUAAAGAAAAUAGAGGAGGAAGGAGCAAACAUAUUGAUUGGCACGCCCGGACGGCUAUAUGACAUAAUGAAUCGGAUGGAUGUUUUGGAUCUUAAAAACCUUGAGAUUUUGAUUUUGGAUGAGGCUGAUAGACUCUUAGAUAUGGGAUUCCAGAAGCAGAUAACUUCUAUUAUAUCUCUCUUGCCUAAGCUUCGGAGAACUGGUCUGUUCUCUGCUACUCAAACUGAGGCUAUUGAAGAGCUUGCUAAGGCAGGAUUGAGGAACCCUGUGAGGGUUGAAGUUCGAGCAGAAACAAAAUCAGAAAAGGGUCCCGCAUCAUCAAAACAACCAGAAUCUUCCAAAACACCUUCAGGACUUCACAUUGAGUACUUGGAAUGCGAGGAAGAUAAGAAGCCAUCACAGCUACUAGAUAUCCUUAUUAAGAAUCGCUCAAAAAAAAUUAUAAUAUAUUUCAUGACUUGUGCAUGCGUUGAUUAUUGGGGAGCUGUCCUUCCUUGUCUUUCUGUUUUGAAAGGCUUCUCCUUGAUUCCCCUACAUGGGAAGAUGAAGCAGUCUGCCAGGGAGAAAGCACUAGCUUCAUUUACAACCCUUUCAAAUGGAAUUCUUCUAUGUACAGAUGUUGCUGCACGUGGACUUGACAUACCGGGUGUAGAUUGUAUAGUGCAGUAUGAUCCUCCUCAAGAUCCAAACGUUUUCAUACAUAGAGUAGGUCGAACUGCUCGGCUGGGUAAACAAGGUCAUGCUGUUGUCUUCUUAUUACCAAAGGAGGAAUCUUAUGUAGAAUUCCUGCGUAUAAGAAGAGUUCCCCUUCAAGAGAGAAUAUGUUCUGAUGAUGCUACCGAUGUUGUUCCUCAGAUUCGUUCUGCCGCAAAAAAAGAUCGUGAUGUCAUGGAAAAGGGAAUUAAGGCUUUUGUUUCUUACAUCCGUGCUUAUAAAGAGCAUCACUGUUCCUAUAUUUUUAGGUGGAAAGAACUUGAAAUUGGUAAAUUGGCUACGGGAUUUGGCUUAUUACAACUUCCUUCAAUGCCGGAGGUAAAACACCACUCACUUUCCACGGAUGGAUUUGAGCCAGUUGAAGAUAUCAAUUUGGUGGACAUUAAGUACAGGGAUAAAUCACGGGAGAAACAAAGGAAGAAGAACCUGCAAGCAAAGAAAGAAGCCAAAGAGAGAGAGCCAAAACCUCAAAAACCGAAGAAAACCCCAAUUGCACCCACUGCCACGCGGAAGAAAACAGCCCGACAGAGACGUGCUCAGCAGACAAUGGAAGACGAGGAAGAGUUGAUGCAGGAAUACCGCUUAUUGAAGAAAUUGAAGAAAGGGACCAUAGAUGAGAACGAAUAUGCCAAGUUGACAGGUGCGCAAGGCGAUGAGAUCAUUUUCCCUCAAGCACUGUUGGUCGCAGAAAAUGAACCACCCUCAGGUUUGGCACAUAGUAAUGGUUGGAAUCCUUUACCCAUUUUCUUGAGCAUCAUAUCAAACUCAUGGCAACCUUUGUCAUACACGGUCACUGAAAUUGCCUAUCUAAUAUCUUCACCUUCUUUAAAGAACUCUAAGAGGAUGUCUUCGAACCCUUGCACGGGCAAGCAUAGGUUCCACUUGUAAUUGCUCAGUUUUGUCAUAUAUGGCAUGCUCAACUCAAAGUCUUUCACAAUGCCCACGCUCAUUAUGAACUCUAGCUGCAACUCAUCUUUAAAUAGAAUUUCAUUUACCGCUUUGUUGUCUUCAACCACAUUUUGUCCCUUCCCUGAAUUUGAUGAGCUCUCUGCCAUUAGAGAUGUCAUAAGCAAACAAACAAAU